AUGGCUCAACCGGCAUCUUACACCAAUCCGCUGAAGAAGUUCAAGCUGGUCUUUCUCGGCGAGCAGAGCGUUGGCAAGACAUCCCUGAUCACCCGCUUCAUGUACGACUCAUUCGACAACACAUACCAAGCUACUAUCGGAAUCGACUUCUUGUCAAAGACCAUGUACCUCGAGGACCGCACCGUUCGUCUGCAGCUCUGGGAUACCGCUGGCCAAGAGCGCUUCCGCAGUUUGAUCCCCUCCUACAUUCGCGACAGCAGCGUUGCCGUGGUCGUCUACGAUAUCACCUCGGCCAAGUCCUUCCAGCAGACUCGCAAAUGGGUCGACGAUGUUCGUGGUGAGCGCGGCUCCGACGUUAUUAUCGUACUCGUAGGCAACAAGACCGAUCUGAACGACAAGCGCGAGGUCACUACCCAGCAGGGAGAGGAAGAGGCCAAGAAGCACAACUUGAUGUUCAUCGAGACUAGCGCAAAGGUCGGACACAAUGUGAAGCCUUUGUUCAAGAGGAUAGCACAGGCAUUGCCUGGCAUGGAGAGCGAGCAGAACCAGACGCCCAACCAGAUGAUCGACGUCAACAUUAACCCUGGUCCUACGACGGACAACUCGAGCUGUGCCUGCUAA